UCUUCUAUUAUUGAUAUUUAUUAAAAAUGCAGAAUAACUCAGAUAUACAGAAAGAUCUCUACGGCUUCACCAUAUUUUUCGACUCUUUAUGCUCAGAGUCCCUAAAUCUUGAAGGGAAAUUAAUCAUAACAAUUGAUGAGGAGAUAGGGACACAAAUUAUAUCAAAAGAGGAUUGCAAAGUUGAGCAUGCACUUACUCUUAUUUCACAAUCGAUAAAGCUACAGCAAACCUUAUACUUUUCUAAGAAAAUGCAGAGAUAUAAUGAUAGCUCCGAUAUCCAAGCCUCUUUUUACGUCAACGAUGUAGAUUAUUCACAGCCUGUGUUCAUUGGAUUAAUAAAUAUAAAUUUAACCAAGGUGAUAAACUCUCAUUCGCAAGAUCAAGAAAUCGACAUAAAAUUGCAAAACUGAGAUUACAAAAAUACUUCAGUAAAAGUUUUAGUCUCUGCUAGAAAAGAUCUUCAAACCUCUUUAAUUCAACAAACAGGAAAACAAAACAGAGGAAAUUAUAUCAAUCGCCAAGCUCAGAGAUUCCAAAUGCUUAAUAAGGAUAUGGCUGAUGACUCUCUCACUAAGUAUGAUCAAGAUGACCUUUAUAUAAGAGAGACAGCAGCCCAGGAUUAUGGCCAGACUCGAGAAACUUUAAUUAGUGAUACUGACACUCAGAGUAUUAGAAACAAGAUAAUAUUUGAAGAUGAAACAUCGGAAUGAAGAGAGUCGAAUGACACUGAUAAUUUUGAUCACCUAAGACAACAAUGAUAUAAAGGAGUGCAUACUCCUCUAAAAGGUGACCAAGAUACUAUCAACAUAACACAAACUCUCGAUAACAUACAAACCAGUCGUUAUGAAAACUCUUACACAAACGAAUACUCCAAAAUCAGCAUCCUCAACUUCGACCAAAUCGAACAACAAAAAUCUUCAAAAAACCCGAAACCCAACCACAGCCCUGAAAUCCACCACAUCCUCUCAACGUACGAACAAAAACUAAGUAAUUUCCUCGAUCAAAAAGACCCCUCUCCCACUAAAACCCACUCAUGUACUAAAACUCCUUCAGAUCCCAGCCUAGAAUCCCUCAAACGUGCGUACUUCUCUGUCUGUGGCCAGAAUGAUAAGUUGAAAAAUGAACUAAAGAUGUUGAAGUUGGCCCAUCAGAGGUUAUAUAAUUAAAACUUCUAACAGAGAAAUCUCUGAGCUAAAGCAGGACAUUGCCAGCUUGACAGCAGAGAUCUCUUCACUAAUUGGGUACAAGUCAAGGUUCGAACAACUCAAGAAGGAAAACCAGAAGUUGGUUGAGAUAGAAGAGAAGUAUGAAGAUCAAGUGGAGAAAUUACAGGAGAAGAUUGAAGAGGUCCAGUUUGUGCAUUCUGGUAAGGAUUCAAAGGAUCAAGUCAAAAUUCAAGAAUAUUGACAGAGAAUAAAGGAUCUUGAAGAUAUUGUGAAACAGAAAGAUAUCAAGUUAGAAGAGAUCAGUAUUGAUAGAAACAUCUCUACUCUCUCAAAACAGAACGAAUCUCUAACAAAAAAAUUAGAACAGGUCAACAAGGCUUUAGCUACCCAGCAAGCCUCAACAGUGAGCCUCAAAAGACACAACUCUAUAGUAAAUAAGCUGGAAGAUGAGCUAAGGCAGAAGCAGAGAGAUAUAGAAGAAUACGAACAAACUAUUGACAUGUAUAAUAAGAGUAAAUAUGAACAGAAUUCAGAAGAACGAGGCAGUCAGCUACAGAGAAAUGAAAGUGGUUCAGAAGCUGUGAGUGACGAAGGAGAAAUACAUGAUGCGAGACAUUUGAGUAUGGAGGUCAUAGAAACUCAGCAUAGACUUGAAAGACUUGAGUUUUAUGAGAGGAAUAAUCUUGAACUGCUUGAAGAACUUGAGCAAAAAGAUCUGGAAUAUCAUCUAAGCAUCAAGCAUCAUAAGGAAGAAUUGAAUUCUCUCAAAAAUUAUUUUCAGGAACAACUCACGACUCUAGAAUCUUCUCAUGAGCUAAAAAUCUCUCAAAUAAAAUUGUCUGAAAGAAAGUCAGCUUCGUUAGACCAAGAGCAGCUCCAAGAUGAGUUUCAAUCUAUGUUCUCUGCAAAGUUCAACGAAUGGAAAUCCCAAGCAAAGCAGUACGAGGACAAAAUAAAACACCUCGAAAACAUGAUAAAUUCUUCAUAACCACAAAUUUUCAAU